AUGAAGCCAGCAUCACGCAAGCCGCAUAGAAAGACAAGAACGGGCUGCCGGACUUGCAAACAGAGAAAGAUCAAGUGCGAUGAAAAACGCCCGUCGUGUACCAACUGCUUGAAGCAUUCUGUUGCAUGCGACUUCUUCCUGUCGCCAGCAAAUCUAUCACCAGGUUCAAGUGUUGCGAGUCCCGCAAACUCCCUACCACAAUAUGUCAGCACACCAUCAGGCUCAGUCGGUACACCCGCAUCGCAUGCUCCUGGACUGCCGCUUCCAAGCUUUAGUCGAAAUCUAAAUCUUCCGUCGGUGCGGCACGAGCCAGUAGGUCUGAACAUGAUAGAUCUAGAGCUCCUCCACAACUUCUCCGUAUCGACAUGCCUUACCUUACAUAAUGACCCGGCUCUUAAGACGCUAUGGAAGGUAAAUGUGCCCCAGCUUGGAAUCUCGAAUGACUUCGUUAUGCGUGGCAUCCUCGCCGUUUCUGCUCUACACAUGGCCCAUUUCCUACCCGAAAAGCGGGAGUUUUAUCUCUCACAAGCCUUCAACCAACACCAGAGCGGCCUCCGGACCGCAACAUCGAUCCUACCCAACGUCACCGAGGAGAAUUGCUCGGCCCUAUAUGUAUUCUCGGCCUUGACUUUAUUCUUCUCGCUGGCCGGUCCGCGGGAUUCGGAUCAAUUGCUGGGAUCGGCGGGCGACACGGGGAUAUCGGAUUGGCUAAGCCUACUGCAAGGAGCCCAUUCCAUCCUCACCACGGCUCUCGAUGCGCUCGUCAAAGGCCCCCUAGGGCCGAUGUUCGAAGCCGGCCGUCGGCGGGACGCCAUGAGAGAAAACUACGCACUUGCGUUCCCGCCCGAGCAAGACCCGCUACAAGAGCUUCGCCACUUUCUCAACAGCUCCGGUGUUGACGAGCGGACAUUUCACACAUGCCACGCCGCCAUCGAAGAGCUACGCAAGUCCUUCGCUGCCAUCUAUAAGCAGGGUUCCCAGGAUCGCGAGCCUUCCGACAUCUUCAUCUGGCUUUUCCGGGUUCACGGAGAGUUCCUUGGUCUGGUGCGUGGCCAUUCGCAGGAAGCUCUGGCGAUCUUUGGGCACUUCUGUGUGUUGUUGAAGUUGAUGGAUUAUCGCUGGUGGAUGGAGGGGAGUGCUUUGCAACUCUUGUCGAAAGUGUACGAGCUGCUUGAUGAAGACCAUCGGUUGUGGAUUCGAUGGCCGAUUGAGGAGGUUGGCUGGGUUCCGAGUCAGGAAAAACAUAAGGUUCCUGCUCAUAAUGGAGCGCCUUUCCCUUACCAGGGCCAAUGA